AUGCCCUCCCCGCAGCAAUACGAGAACUAUCAGGAGUACCUUAACGCCUAUGAUCAGUACCUGAAGGACACCACUCAGUUCUUGACCUCGGCCCGCUCCUUUCUGCAGAAACGACUGCAUCGCCUCCGCCACGCCCACGCCGGCCUCGCCGAGGCGGUGCGUCGGGAGUAUCUCUGGACGUUUAUCCCUUUCAUUUGCAUCCUCUGUGUGCACAUGGUGGACUCGCAGCACCACGUGAACGCCCGAAUCACCCGCGAGCGUCUCAAGCAGCGAGCCAAAGAACACGCGAAGGACGUCAAGUGGGUUUCCGUGUAA